UCGACAUCACCGUCAUACCUCUCCACAGCCAUGCUCGGCCGACCACUGCACGCCGCACGGAGCGGCGCGUCGCUCGCGCAGCGCGCCAUGUCGUCGGUGCCCUCGUCGUCGUCGGCGCAGAAGCCGCGGACACCUGCCGAGCCCCCCGCAAUCGACCCGUCGCUGCUGCACCGGACGAUUGUGCCGACGACCGACGUGCGCCGGCACCCCGACUACCCCAACCGCUUCCCGGACCAGCCGGUACACAAGCACAUCAACCACGAGAUCCGGGUGAUCCAGAACCCGCCGUCGGAGAAGUCGCUGCCCGAGCGCAUGGGCGGCGACGACUUUGCCAAGUCGGGCCAGCUCAUCUCGGCCAUCACGGGCCUUGAUAUCCUCGAGCUGCGGAACCUCGUCCGCAAGGAGGGCUCGACGCACCCCGUCGUCCAGAUGACCACCAAGGGCAAGCAGGUCAGCCACUACGCCUUCAUGAUUGCCGGCGACCCGAAGCGCGGCCUCGUCGGCGUCGGCCGCGGCAAGGCCGAGGAGAUGGGCGAGUCGCUCGAGGGCGCGUUCCGCAAGGCCACCCUCUCAAUGGACUACGUGCCCAAGUUUGAGAACCGCACGCUCUGGGGACAGGGCAAGGACCUCGAGUUCAAGUGGCGCUCGACCAAGGUGAUCAUGCGCGCCCGCCCGCCCGGAUUCGGCCUGCAGGUCCCCCGCGUGCUGCACAACCUCUUCACGGCGUGCGGUAUCCGCGACGCGUCGGCCACGAUCGAGGGCUCGCGUAACCCCAGUCAGGUGCUGCACGCUGCCAUCCAGAUUCUGCACGGCGGAGCCAACCCCCCAGGACUUGGCUCGGGUAACGGCCACAAGGGUCGUCGUGAGGACAAGGGCGCCGGCAUGCGGACCGUCCCCGAGAUUCAGCGCCAGAGGGGCCGCUGGGCGACCGACAUCAGCCACCGCCGAUAGACAGACGGUCGUGGUGGUUUAUUGUCGCUCGCUUGCAUUCCCCAUCAUAGUUUCCCAUGCACAGAUCACAGAUUGAUGAAGA